CUUCCGGCGCGGCUUCUAUGAGCGGGUGGAGGCGAAGUCAUGGACCGCAACCCUUCGCCGCCGCUACCGAGUCGGGACCAGGAUGAGGAGGAGGGGGCCGGCGGAGACUGCAUAGGAAGCACCGUCUACAGCAAACACUGGCUCUUUGGCGUCCUCAGCGGGCUCAUCCAGAUUGUUAGCCCUGAAAACACCAAAUCCAGCUCAGAUGAUGAAGAGCAGCAGAUGGAGCUUGAUGAAGAAAUGGAGAAUGAAAUUUGCAGAGUAUGGGAUAUGUCAAUGGAUGAGGAUGUGGCUUUAUUUCUUCAAGAAUUUAACGCUCCUGACAUAUUUAUGGGAGUAUUGGCCAAAUCCAAAUGUCCUCGAUUAAGAGAAAUCUGUGUGGGAAUUUUAGGUAAUAUGGCCUGUUUCCAGGAGAUAUGUGUGUCCAUCAGCAGUGAUAAAAAUCUUGGACAGGUGUUGUUGCACUGUUUGUAUGACUCAGACCCUCCUACUCUUCUGGAAACAAGCCGGUUGUUGCUUACUUGUCUUUCCCAGACAGAGGUGGCCAGUGUCUGGGUUGAAAGAAUCCGGGAAUAUCCAGCUAUUUAUGAUAGCAUUUGUUUCAUUAUGUCAAGUUCAACAAAUGUUGACUUGCUGGUCAAGGUGGGGGAGGUUGUGGACAAGCUUUUUGAUCUGGAUGAGAAGCUAAUGUUGGAAUGGAUUAGACGUGGGGCUGUUCAGCCUCUGGACCCACCCCAGGAAGAUUCUGAAGAGCAGCCCGCGUUUAAGAUUGUGCCCUGUGUACUCGAAGCUGCCAAACAAGUGCGUUCCGAAAAUCCAGAAGGGCUCGAUGUUUACAUGCAUAUCUUACAGCUGCUCACCACAGUGGACGAUGGAAUUCAAGCAAUUGUACAGUGUCCUGAUACUGGAAAAGACACUUGGAAUUUACUUUUUGACCUGGUCUGCCAUGAAUUUUGCCAGUCUGAUGAUCCACCCAUCAUACUCCAAGAACAGAAAACAGUGCUAGCUUCUGUUUAUUCAGUCUUGUCUGCCAUCUAUGUGUCACGGGCUGAACAGGAGUAUCUAAAGAUAGAAGAAGAUCUUCCUCUAAUUGACAGCCUGAUUCGUGUCUUACAAAACAUGGAACACUGUCAGAAGAAACCAGAGAACUCGGCAGAUUCUAAUGCAGAAGAAAUAAAAAAGUCUGACUUAACCCAAGAUGAUUUCCACUUGAAAAUUUUAAAGGAUAUUUCAUGUGAAUUUCUUUCUAAUAUUUUUCAGGUUUUAACAAAGGAGACUGUGGCUCAGGGACUAAAGGAGGGCCAGUUAAGCAAACAGAAGUGUUCCUGUGCAUUUCAAAACCUUCUUCCUUUUUAUAGUCCAGUGAUAGAAGACUUUCUCAAAAUUCUACAUGAAGUUGAUAAAACUCUUGCUGAUGACCUGGAGGAAAGCUUCCCAAGUUUGAAGGUUCAGACUUAAACACUGAAUUGGAGUUUCCUCUGCCCAAUAAAUGAACUUUACUUUCUUCAUUGACAGUUGAAAUUGACAUAUAGGAGAUGUUAGGUAAAGCCUAUUGGACCCUCAUUGUCUGGUAUUACACCCAUGCCCUUCUCCCUUUUGUUUGGCAUUGGAAUCUCGAGUUUCCUCUGCUGUCAAAUCCUGCCCCCCCCCUUUUGUAUUAGUUGUCCUCUUUAGGUAAAGAAAACAAAAAUAGAGGCUUAUCAUUGAUGUUCUUUUUAGGUUGAGGACUUAGUAAGGAUUUUCUUCAUACUCUUACUUUGAUUUUUAUGUGAGAAUUUUGUAUUUGUCUCCACUGCAAGUACAUUCAGCUGCACUAAUAGAAAACCCUACUCGAAGACUUAAUCUGAUAGCUUUAAUGUAUCUAAUGCAAUAAGAAAUCCAGAGGUAGGCAGUCUAGACCUGAUUUGUUGACUCAGGGACCUGAUUCCUUUUACCUCUCCAUGUGGUCUGUGUUUAGUCCUUUGUGUUUGUAUUUAUUGUCUUGUGGUUAAGGGGGCUAUAACAUUUCUGAACCUUCUGUCCACAUUCAGGAAGGAAAAAGGAGAAAGAGGUAAAGAAAGGGGCUUUGUCCUAGGAAGUCUUUACCUUCAUAUUUGUAAGGGACAGCCCUCCCUGCCCAGGACCGUGUUGAUGGCCAUCCCUAACUGCAGCUAUUAUAGAUCAAGUCUUUUUUUUUUUCUUUCUAGGGUCUGUAAGAGAGAAAGGCAUGAAGAGAAGGGAGUUGUGAAAGGCUUUUUGAUAGUCGAUCUGUGAUGUUUGCUACAGUAUACAAGCACAGCUUAGCCUUUUGUGAUUAUUAAUUGUGUCGAUUGUAUGCCAGAUUGUCAAUGACAACUCAAAAGCAGUUUUUAGUUUAGCUUUGUUACAGUUCAGUUUUUUUUUCAAUGUUAUACGUAUGAAGAUAGGAAUGUAACAUUUUGAUGAAAGUGCAUUAUCAAAAAUGUCUGUUUUCAGGAUAAUUCCUGUGGUUGACUUUCAGAAAAUAACUUGCUUGAGUGAAUUCAGAUUUUUUAAAAUUAAGAUGAAGGGAAUUUAAGAACUUUGGACUGUAUGCAAACUGUGCUAUACGUGAUUUCCCUCACAUUUACUUUUAUUCUGUAUAGUGCUUCAGAAUGAGAUCUGUGCACAGUCAGCCAGGUAUUCUUAGGAAAGCAUUCAGUUUCCAUUAUUUAGUUGCUGAAAGUAGAGUUUUUAGUAGGUUUUAAGAAAAUAUCAGUUGUGAAUAACAAAGCUAGCUUUUUACCAGUCUUCAGGUAGUUUUCUGGAUAACUUACGCUGAUGUGACUAUUAAUCUAGUUUUUCUUGUGGGAUGAGGUGAGCUUCGGAUCCUUUCACUUUGCUGUCUUCCCAGCCUCCUCCUUUGCUUAAAAAGCAAAGCCAGCUUUUUAAACCCCUCUUUUGGUAUUUAGCCCCUUCUCAAUUUAUUGCAGAAUCUUUCUAGCUUUAAAGCAUUGGUCUUGUCUCACAUUUUGUAUUUUUUCCUCAAGUGGCUUUUGCUGAUAAAACAUAGGAUGUAGCAUUACUGAGAAGAGAUACGUAAUUUCCAGUUUGGAGGUAGUUUUACUGUUGAAAAUGUUCCUGCUGAAAAGAAUUGAACUAUAAAGUUAAAAUCUUACUGUUAACUCUGAUUAGUAGGUUUACGCUAUGUGUUUCACGUCUUCCGUGCUGACGUUAUCCUAGCCUGAAUGUGACUGUAUUUAACAUGAGCUCUCAAAGGCACUGAUGAAGUCACUCCUGCCUGUGUAAGCCAACUGAUGUGAGUUGGCUCCUUGGUGAGUUACAGACAGAGACUACACCAGGUGGAGCUGUCACACAAAGUAAUCUUUCUUCGCAACAAAUGAGGAGAUCAUGGGGAAUAACUUCCAAAGCUGUGAUCCCUGAGCAGGGGUAAGGGAGCUCUUUUUAUUUAGGAUUUGAGAUGAAUAUUCAGAAGGAGACCUUUAUCAUUGCAAGCAGAGGCGGGUAUAAGGUCAUACAUGCAUACUUAGAAAAUAUGCCUAUACGUGCAUCGGGUGUUAUGUUAGGAAGCUUGUGCUCCUUCUGGAGCAGAGAGCUUAACAUUAUGAUGAGGCAGAGGUAACUAUCGGACACUUUCGCCCAUCUGCACGGGUGUUGGCUUGGUGGUUGAGCCCAAACUGGUCAAGGCUGGCUGGAGCUCAUUUCUCCUCCUGUUGUUGUUUCUAAAAGAUAAAAUUACCAGUUCCUGUAGGGUGAGCUCAGUGGAUCUGCCAGUGACACCUGCUAGCCAAUGCUAAGAAUUCCAUUUUAUCUCUUGAAGUUUAAGGUGAAAGGUACAAAUAACCCCAUAAGAGUAAUACUCCCAAGUUAUUAGUCAUGUUUACUUCAGUGCAUAUGAAUUUCACAUUUUGUUUUAGAAAGAGCACAUUUUAAAAGGGAAGUAGAAGGCUCCCGGGUGUCUGAGGGAAAGAGUGCCACUCAAAGUGGGUAAGUUGCCAAGGGAGAAAAAGGAUAUACCCGGGAAGGCUAGGGAUGUCCAGGUUAUUUUUCUGUUUCCCAUUUCUGCCUUGGACCUGCCCUGUUACUUGUUACUAAUUGCUCUUGCAACAUUAUGAGGUAGUGUAUAUUUUCAUAUUUUCAUGUUUGAAAACUUCCUAAAUCUAUAAAUUAUAAUAGCUUUUUAAAGAAAUAAAACAUGAGCAAUGCUAAGUCUUUUUAAAUGCUAUACAGUCUGAUGAAUUCACCCCCAAAAUUUAGGGCUUGCAUUAAUUACAGUGAUAUUUUGAAAUGGUGCUUUUUCCAGGAUCCUAAAUAUGAAAUUUGGAAUUAUAUGUACAAAUGAAAUUGCAACUUUUCUUAUACUUCAUUGCAGAGGAGGAGAAAUGUACAACAUGAACUUGUUAAAUGUGUUGUUCUAUUUCUAAUUAAAUUUGAGUUUGAUUUUUGAA